UAGCAGAGGUUAUAUUAGAGAUAAGGCUAUAGUUAUAAGGCUACUCUCUCUAGGAAUACUUUUAACUCCUAGGAUGCAGUUAUUAGCGCUAUUAACCAAUGCAUUAGUGCUAUUAACCUUUUAUAAAUAA